AUGGCGAUGAUGAUGACUGGCCGUGUGCUGCUGGUGUGUGCCCUCUGCGUGCUGUGGUGCGGUGCGGCCGAUGGAGCUGUUGGUGUGGUUUCUGGUGGGGACGACAACAUUCUGAGAGAAGUAUUUAUUCCAGUUGCGAGAUUGCAGGAAAGCCAGGAAAAAAGAACAUCAGGAGCAACAGCCGACGCAAAGGGAGCAGCAGCUGAAACAGCCACAAAAGCAAAAAAAGCAGCAGAAGCAGAAUCACUGCCAGUUACAACAGUCGGAGAAGAGGAAGUAAAAACAACAAUAAAUGAUCAGGAUAAUUCAGUCGAACACCAUUCUGGACAAAAAAAAGAGCUUCUAAAAGAAGAAGAACCGGAAAAUCGAGAAAAAGAACAGCAUGAGAAGCAGCGACACCAACAGCGUGAUCAUUCCGCAAGAAAAGGCGAAGAAUACGCGAAAGACAAAACUGCUAAUGGUACAAAUGCAACCGCAGUUAAGGACGACAGCGACAGCAGCACUGCCGUCUCCCACACCACCUCCCCUCUUUUGCUUCUUCUUGUUGUUGCGUGUGCGGCUGCGGUGGUGGUCGCGUGA